GACCGCCUGUAGCCACAGGGUUGACGUGUGGCGGUGAGGAUAUCUCUUAUCGUCUAUCUUAAACUGAGGGACGCAAGUGAAAAAACUUGUGGCCAGUCAUUUGAUGUCAGCGUUAGAUAAACCUCAUCGUUUACCGUCUCAAGAUGGGGCUGUCACAUAGCGCAUUUUCGAUGCAGGAACUCAACGACUAUGAGACCUUGACAUACCUGACAAAGAAGGAAAUAUUACAUGUUCAUAAAAGGUUUUCAAACUUGAACUCAUCAGAGGUUAAACGAGAUAAAAAUGCCAAACUCCGGUUUGAAAUCAUUUCACAGCUGCCAGAACUGAAGGUAAAUCCAUUUAAGGACCAGAUCAUGAAAGUAUUUUCAUCAAGUGGUGACGGCAUUACUUUUGAAGACUUUCUAGACAUGAUGUCAGUUUUUAGCGACAGUGCCCCAAAACCAGUCAAGGUGGAAUAUGCUUUCAGAAUCUAUGACUUUGAUGGGGAUGACAUGAUUUCAAGCAGUGACCUAAAGACAGUGAUCACGAGACUUACAGGAGAAAACUCACUGAAUGAUGAGGAGAUGCAGCAAUUGAUUGACAGUAUUUUGAAAGAGGCAGAUUUGGACGAUGACGCAAUGCUGUCAUUUGCAGAAUUUGAGCAUGUCAUCUCCAAGGCCCCAGACUUUGCUAACUCAUUCAGGAUCCGAUUGUAGGCAACAACUAGGUAAAGAGGAAUCAACAUUCCUGACAAUCAGCUGUGAAGUUUCUUUGCUCCUGGUUGAUAUAGAGACUUCAUUGUUCCUUUGAUUUCUUGCCAUCAACAACAAACCUUUUGGAAAACCUUUUUUUUUUUUUGCGGUGAAUUAAAUUGAUGUAAGUACAUUGAUCAGGAAUUUUCCCCAGAAGGGUUUCUUCUGUUUUAGAGGUCGUUGUAAGAUGCAAGAAGACUUGCCUUAAUCAGGAAUGUGUUCAUUUUUUGAUAAGGUUCUAGUUACCAAUUUAAAGAAAUCUGUGCAUAUGUCACAAGUUCUUCGUGGUGUCCAUCAGUGUCUGGAACUGUAGAAUCAUAAUGGUAACUUUGCAGUAUUUGAGAAAUGUUGUGCCUUGUAAAAGUCUCCUUUAUUUACAAGAAAUAUAUUGAACUUUUAAUAUUUUUUGAGAUUGUUUUGAAAAUGACAUUUAUGUCUAAGUAUUUUUACAAUUUUUAUGAUUUUGGCAGUGCCAUAAAUUUAAUAAGAAAAUCUGAAAAUUAUGUUUCUGGGAGUACAAUGGAUCUAUAGUAGUUAUAUAACUGAUGCUUGACUGUGAAUAUGAAUGUUAAUUGUUCACCUGUUACACCAGUGAAUUUUUCUCUACUUUGAUUCCUUAGAGAAAACAUGGAAAUCUCGUAAUUUAUACAUGGUGUGUGCACAUUUGGUGCGUAUGUGUGAGAGAGAAAAUGCAUAUACAGUUUACAUUGAUUCAGUAAACAGUAGGAACUAA